ACAAGAGUCCACAAUGGCACAAUAGUAGUAUUAUUUGAACAGACUGAUUUAGGAAUUAGUUGACACGAGUUAUCAUAAAGUUUGUCAUAUUGUGUGAAGAUUAAAGUAUAAGUGCAGUGUUACUGCAACAUCAUCUCAAUGGUAAAGAAAUCAUGUCCAAAACACAGCAACUUGUAUGUUUGAGUAUAAAACAAGCUUAAUGAGAAUAAGCUGCAAACCUGCUCUUAAUGACUUCCUUAGCUAGUUUUGUCUCAAGAGAUCAAUGAAGGAAGUAUAUCUUCCCCUAUACACAGGACAGACGUGCAGUCAUGUGUUUGCUGCUUUGAGAUUGCAGCAUUACAUUAGAGCUGUUGCUCAACAAUCAUUAAGAGACCAUCAGGUAGGCCACAUUCACAGAUUUCUUUCAGCAUUUGUACAUUUUUUAAUUGACUGAGAAUGUCUUAUAUACUGCAAUGUUUUAAUUUGCUAAUUGAACCAGCAUGCACAUGUGGUUUAUAACUUCUAUAGACGUCUAAUGUACAAUAUUUAUUUGUUCUUUAGACAGGAGACCUUUUCAGCAGAGUUCGUCCGGUGUGGAGAUCUACUAUGUCUUUUCUCAGGACUGUUUUAAAUGUCUCUAACAUCAUCAUUCAUCCUCCAGGCUUCUAUAUCAUUGGGUUUGAGACGUUUCCCUUCAUCAGUGUCUACUUUAUCUUUCUAUCGUUUGUUUAUGUGGUCACAGUGCUUGCCAAUUGUUUGGUGAUCUAUGUAAUUUGCUUUAAUCGUUCUUUACACACUCCAAAAUUGCUGGCUGUGGUAAACCUCGCAGUAAUUGAUGUUAUCCUGAACACGUGCACUAUUCCCAGCAUGAUAAAGAUAUUCCUUGUUAAAGACAACUUUAUUCCAUUUAACCUCUGUUUGUUACAAAUGUUCGUCUACUACGCUUUUAUAUCUUUGGAGUCAUAUGCACUUGCUAUACUUGCCUAUGACAGGUUGAUUGCAAUAUGUUUCCCUCUGCGUCACAACUCGAUCAACACAAUGCAAAGCAUGUCAUGGAUUGUCGGCGUGACUUGGUUUUUUGGUCUGGGAGUAACAUUAUUUACAACAAGUCUAAUGUCUCGACUGUCUUUUUGUAAUUCUGUCAGAGUGUUUAGCUAUUUCUGUGACUAUGCGCCUGUGUUCAGACUCGCCUGUAAUGAUUAUUCAAUGCAGUGGGCUUCAGCUUCCUUCCUUACUAUUUUGAUACUUGCAGUACCCUUUACUUUUAUUCUCCUGUCUUAUGUGAGCAUUCUGGCGACUGUAUUCAUGAUGAAAUCUUUAGACAGUCGGGUGAAAGCUCUGGCCACUUGUGUGGAGCAUAUCAUCCUUGUUGCUGUGUUUUACAUUCCUAUUCUUACCAUAUUUUGCGUUGGGUUUUAUCUGGGUCUGAUCGACCCAGACCAGCGUGUGCUGAGUCUGUCGUUGGCCUCUUGCAUCCCACCUUGUGUCAAUCCUCUCAUAUAUUCUUUGAAAACCAGAGAGAUCAAAAUCAGAGUUCUGGCAUUGGUAAGAAGAAAUACAAUUGGCACACAACCAACAAACCCCCCAAAAAACAAUCCUUUUAGGGUUGAUAAAACACAGCACUAAAUAAAAAAGGACCAAUUGGCAGUAGUAAGUCAAUUGAUUUACUAGUAUGCUGUUGCUGGUAUCUCUAAUAUUACUUAGCUAAUCUGUACUUAAUUCAAAUUGACAUUUCUAUCAUAACACUUUUUCGUUAU